UCAGAGUUCCGAGGGGUUGCGAGGAACGAAGAGAGGGGUAUAAAAUCCCGGCCAGGUCCGGUUCAAUCUCAAUCGCGGUCUUAUCACGGUAUCUGUAUCGUCGUACAUUUAAUAGACCGCAACGUCCUACGGCAGUUCCGAGUUUAGAAUGUUCUUCAGGAUCCAAUCUGGAUGUUUCGUGGUGGUGGUUGCUAUUUGUCUGAUCCUGGCCCUUGGAACUGAGGCACAACUGAAUUUUUCUACGGGAUGGGGUAAAAGAAGCCAAAUCCCUCAAACGGGAGGUGGUAGUGCGAUGUGCUCAUCCCAGGGAAAACCUUCGUUGAAUCAACUUAUCGCUGUUUAUAAUCUGAUACAGAAUGAAGCUCAGAGGAUCUUGGAUUGUCAGAAAUUCGCCAAAUGAAUUAAAUCAAGUUUAAUAUUGGAAGAUGUAAAAUUCGCUAAAUUGAUGUUGUAUGAACGAAUCAUUAUUUGAAUAAAGCUUCGAUGUGAUAUGAAAA